AUGGUCAAGAAACGGGUAGGAGCGCUUGACAAGGUGGACGCAGAUCUGUCGAGUCUGCAGUACAAAGUUCGCCGAGAUCCACGAUCAUAUCGCGAGGACUUCCAGAAACAAUUCGAACAAUAUGUGUCCCAGCGCGACAUCUUCCUGGUCUCUCCCACAACAGCUGCUUCCAGUGGCAUCGUCUCUUUUCACGACUUGAUCGACUUUAUUGCGCACGUCGCAGACUGCUUUCCAGAAGAUACCAAGGAAUUUCCAGAGGACCUAAAAUCUUUACUUACCUUGCACCACGCGGAACUUGACAGCGAAUUGCGGGAGAAGAUUGUUGGAAGCUUAGUUCUGUUGCGCAAGAAGGACAUAAUCGAUUCUGCGAACCUGCUCAAUACGUUGUUUCCUAUCCUGGUGACAACUCCCAGCAAGACUCUUCGGAGCUUACUGUUUUCGCGAAUCAUAUCUGAUCUGCGAACCUCAAAUUCGAAAUCUACCAACCAUCGGUUGAACCGAACUAUUCAAACCGCACUCCACAACCUUCUUACAGCUGACCGAGCAUCGCAGAAGGGUAUUUGGGCAGUCAAGAUCACAAGAGAGUUAUGGAAACGUCAAAUAUGGACAGACUCGAAAGCGGUUGAGAUCAUGAAGGAGGCCGCUCUUGCAGACAACGAGAAAGUCAUUGGAGGCGGCGUGAGAUUCUUUCUGGGAGGAGACAAGGAGCGAGAAGAGGCGUUGGAAGAUGACAGUAGUGACGAUGACAACGCCAUUGACAUGGGCAAGUUGAAGCAUCAAGCAGGCAUCAACAAGAAGAGUCGAAAAACGAAGAAGAAUCUGGAAGAGGCAGCCAAGAAGGUCAAAAAGGUCGAGAAGAAGAAGCAUCAACCACACCCUCUCAACUUCUCAGCGCUACAUCUGCUACACGAUCCCCAAGGAUUCGCUGAAACUCUUUUCUCGAAACAUCUCCAGAACUCCAAAUCGAAGCUGAACUUGGAGCAGAAGCUGCUGGUUCUGCAACUGGUUUCCCGAUUAGUUGGCUUGCACAAGUUGACCGUCAUCUCAUUGUAUUCCUACUUUAUCAAAUACCUCACGCCUCGACAGCCGUCGGUUACAUCAUUCCUUGCCUCCCUCGCCCAAGCCACACAUGACCUAGUCCCACCUGAUGCCCUCGAGCCAUUAGUCCAGAAGAUCGCAAACGAAUUCGUGUCGGAAGCUUCAGCAUCGGAAGUCGCAUCGGCAGGCUUGAACGCGAUUCGGGAGAUCUGUGUCCGACAACCGCUGUCGAUGAAUGAUACCCUUUUACAAGAUCUGGUUAUGUACAGAAAAAGUAAGGACAAGGGCACAAUGAUGGCUGCGAAGGGAUUAUUGUCCCUGUACAGAGAAGUUGGUGCUGAUCUGCUAAAGAAGAGAGAUAGAGGCAAGAAGGCAACAAUGGGGAUCAAAACCGGGUCUAUUAAGGAGCGCAGAUUUGGAGAACAAGAAGUCGGUAGUAUCGAGGGUCUCGAGCUUCUCGAAGAGUGGAAGAGAAAUGAGAGGAAGCGGAAACGAGAAGAAGCCGGAUUGCCUGAACUUGGAACGGACGAGGACGAUUCAGAUGAAGAGGAAGAGGAAGAGGGCAAAGGUUGGGAGAACUGGGAUGCCGAAUCCGAUGCUAGCGACGACUCUGGUGGAUGGAUCAACGUGGAGAGUGAUGCUGAGAUCGAAAUCAGUGAUAGUGAGGAUGACAGGCCGAAUCCCAAGAAAGCGAAGCUUGAUGCCAAGGUUUCCAAAGAAGAAGAGAAAGAAAACGAGGAGAAAGCUCUCGAGAAAAAGAUCUCGAAACUUGCGACCACGAAGAUUCUUACUCCUGCCGAUCUGGCGAAGUUGCAAGAAUUACGUUUGGAGGCCAGUCUUGACAAGGCUAUGGGCAAGAGCAGUAAAUCGCACACCCAGCGAUUGAAGGAGAUUGCAGAUCGACAUGCAGACGAUGCUCUGACGGCUGAUCAAAUCGAAGGCUUUUCCAAGCUGCGAAAGAGCACAAAAGAGGAGAUGAUUGCUUUAGCAAGAGAAGGCAAGGGCGAGAGAGGCGAACAUAAGAGUACGCAAGCUUUGAGGAGACAGAAGAAGGAUUCUGAAGGCAAGAGUACAACAAAUAAGGAAAAGGCCCGGAAGAAGAAUUUCUUGAUGACGCUUGGAAAGGCCAAGUACAAGCAGAAGAGGAGUUUGGUACAGACGAAGAGAGUGCUGCAAGGACAUAUUGAGAGAAGUAAACGGGGUGGGAAAAGAGGAAAUGUGGGGAUGUAG